CACCAACCCCAGAGCAGCGCCUUCACUGCCGCCCUGCGAGGGCGCGAGCGUGCUGCACCUCGGGAGCUAGCUGCUCCUCCUGGCCCGCGGAAGCCAGCAGACCCGGCCUCGUAGGCCGGACAGAAAGGUGCGGCUGUGCGACAGAGACCAUCGCCGACAUGCCGGGGCCGGCCGCCCCCGCCAGUAACUGCUGCUGCUGGUGACAAUGUCAAAUAACGGCCUAGACAUUCAAGACAAACCCCCAGCCCCUCCAAUGAGAAACACCAGCACUAUGAUUGGAGCUGGCAGCAAAGAUGCUGGAGCCCUAAACCACGGUUCCAAACCUCUGCCUCCAAACCCAGAGGAGAAGAAGAAAAAGGACCGAUUUUACCGAUCCAUCUUACCAGGAGAUAAAACAAAUAAAAAGAAGGAGAAGGAGCGGCCAGAGAUCUCCCUUCCUUCAGAUUUUGAACACACAAUUCAUGUCGGUUUUGAUGCUGUCACGGGGGAAUUUACAGGGAUGCCAGAGCAGUGGGCCCGUUUGCUUCAGACAUCAAAUAUCACCAAGUCGGAGCAGAAGAAAAACCCACAGGCUGUCCUGGACGUGUUGGAAUUCUACAACUCAAAAAAGACUUCCAAUAGCCAGAAGUACAUGAGCUUCACAGAUAAGUCAGCUGAGGAUUAUAAUUCUUCUAACACUUUGAACGUGAAGGCUGUGUCUGAGACCCCCGCGGUGCCGCCAGUUUCAGAAGAUGAAGAUGAUGACGACGACGCUGCCCCACCGCCCGUGAUUGCUCCGCGCCCCGAGCACACAAAGUCUGUCUAUACGCGGUCUGUGAUCGAGCCACUUCCUGUUACUCCCACUCGGGAUGUAGCCACAUCUCCCAUUUCUCCCACCGAGAAUACCACCACUCCACCAGACGCUUUGACCCGGAAUACUGAGAAGCAGAAGAAGAAGCCCAAAAUGUCUGAUGAGGAGAUCUUGGAGAAAUUACGGAGCAUAGUGAGUGUGGGCGAUCCUAAGAAGAAAUAUACACGGUUUGAGAAGAUUGGACAAGGUGCUUCGGGCACUGUGUACACUGCAAUGGACGUGGCCACAGGACAGGAGGUGGCCAUUAAGCAGAUGAAUCUUCAGCAGCAGCCGAAGAAAGAGCUGAUUAUUAAUGAGAUUCUGGUCAUGAGGGAAAACAAGAACCCAAACAUUGUGAACUACUUGGACAGUUACCUUGUGGGAGAUGAGCUGUGGGUUGUCAUGGAAUACUUGGCUGGAGGCUCCUUGACAGACGUGGUGACAGAAACCUGCAUGGAUGAAGGCCAGAUUGCAGCUGUGUGCCGGGAGUGUUUGCAGGCUCUGGAGUUUCUGCAUUCAAACCAGGUCAUUCACAGAGACAUCAAGAGUGACAAUAUUCUGUUGGGAAUGGAUGGCUCUGUCAAGCUAACUGAUUUUGGAUUCUGUGCACAGAUAACCCCAGAGCAGAGUAAACGGAGCACCAUGGUGGGAACCCCAUACUGGAUGGCGCCAGAGGUUGUCACACGGAAGGCCUAUGGGCCCAAGGUUGAUAUCUGGUCCUUGGGCAUCAUGGCCAUCGAAAUGAUUGAAGGGGAACCCCCUUACCUCAAUGAAAACCCUCUGAGAGCCUUGUACCUCAUUGCCACCAACGGGACCCCGGAGCUUCAGAACCCAGAGAAGCUGUCAUCUAUCUUCCGGGACUUUCUGAACCGUUGUCUUGAGAUGGACGUGGAGAAGAGGGGUUCAGCUAAAGAGCUGCUUCAGCAUCAGUUCCUGAAGAUUGCCAAGCCUCUCUCCAGCCUGACACCACUGAUUGCCGCAGCAAAGGAGGCAACCAAGAACAAUCACUAGAACCACGCUCACCCAGCCUCAUUGUGCCAAGCCUUCUGUGAAACAAAUGCUCGUUUCAGAAAUUCCAACCCCUGGCGCCCUCUUCUCCUUGCCUUGCUUCUCAUGUUUCCAAUCAAGCACUCUGAAGACUUUGAUCCUUAGAAACUACGUGUCCACCAUUGAAGAGAAUUGCAACUGGAUGUUAAUCAGAUGGUGGCACUUCUACUUUGAGUUUCCUCCUAAUUUGUGGAUGUAAGGGUGGUUUAUGGUCGAAGGUUUAGCUGAGUAAGCCAUUGGAAUCUCUACUCCCCUCACGCCCCACCCCCAACAAUCAGUUGUUAACUGUCUAAAUUUAUGAUUCGAUGAUGUUAUCAAUUUGUAAUCAUUUGAGAUUUCUUUAGUGCCUGCUUCUCUGUGACUGAACUGCCCAAACACCUCAUUGUACUUAAAAAACUGGAAUAGUUUGGGAAUGCCAUGGGGCUUGAUAAUCUGCCAAGACAUGAAGUAACUCAGCUUCUUGGACCAUCACUUCGGUGCAGCUGAUCCUGACAUGGGAGAACAAGCACGUUUUCUUUGUGUGUGCUCUCAGCAGCUAUCCGGGAGGACGUGACCACCCAGUAGUAUUCCCCAUGCUAUUUCUUAUGAAGUGGUCUUGGCUGUGUAGCACCUUUUGAUUCCCUGCAUCCCCUAGGCUGCUGCUCCCAUGCUGUCCUUGUUAACAUUGAGAGGGUUCCUAGGCACGAGCUCAGUGAGAGCAGUGUAGCACUCUCUGGAAGGGAAGAAAGUGUAGCUUCUUUUAGAGCAAGGCUGGGCUCCCCGUCCAGCUAGCUGUACUUGUGCGGUUUCAAGGACUCAGCCUCUUUUCCACCUGAAAUAAGCUGAAAGAUGAACUCAGCUCUUCUGAUGGCCUGAAUCUUUGGAUCCAAGGAAACAAUCUCCAGAUCAGAGACUCUGUUAGUUCUGGAUGGAUUUGGUGGCCUGAGGUGAUACCCUGCCAGCUGAAAGGGGACCCUGUUUUUAAGAUGCAUGGCCAAGCUCUCUGCAAAUGGAAAUGCUUACACUGGGUGUGGGGGAUAUUUGCUACCUCCUGCUAUC